AUGGCAUCAGAAAUCACUUAUGCUGAGGUGAAGUUCCAGAAUACAUCGCCAUCUGCAGUGGUCAAAGUACCUCCUGAGACAAAGAAGCAUGAGCACCAUCCCCAGAAAUACCCACUAUGGCUCCCAUGGCUGAUCUCACUGCUGCUCCUCUUGGUGUGCAUUGCCCUUGUUACUGUUCUCCUUGUCGCUCCCUUCUCCCAUAGCAGUGAUCAGCCUGCAGCCCUGAAGCAGAAAUUCAAGGAGUGGUGGUGUGAUUCAGCAGUGCCAGAAGGCAAAGAGGAGGGCUGGACGUGCUGCCCGAAGGGCUGGAAACGCUUCCAAGGAAGCUGCUACUUUAUCUCAGGUGAUGCGAUGUCCUGGGCUGCCAGCGAGCAGAACUGCACUGGGAUGGGCUCUCACCUCGUGGUGAUCAACAGCGAAGCAGAGCAGGAUUUCCUCUCUAAGGAAGUUAAAAAGCCUUCGAGAGGAGAGAACCACUACAUUGGUCUGAGUGCACAGAGUGUGAGCCAGUGGCACUGGGUGGACCAGACUCCAUUUAAUGUGUCAGCAGCGUUCUGGCGGGAAGGUGAACCAAGUAAUACAGAUCACGAGAAGUGCGUUGUAAUCCAUCGGACUUCAAGACCACUCAACAACUGGAAUGAUGUCCCAUGUAACAGUCAUAACAGAAUUUGUGAAGCUGCAGCAAUAACUGUGUGA